AGUCUUUUUUUUUUUUUUUGCCGUUUUUCUUCUCGAAAUCACACAGCCAUGCAAACACCUAAAUAGUUUUAAAACGACAAAUGUAUGCCAAGAUACAUCGGUCAUUUUAAACAAUCAACCACUGCUUAACAGUUACCUCUGUGCUGGAGUUAAACAAACAUCGUUGGAGGGCAACUCAACGACAUCUGGGCGCGUUGCUUGCUAACUUAGCAUAACGUUACUCGUUGCUAGUUGACAUCUCAACAAGUUGCUGCAGUGUUUGUUAACCUACUGCAGAUAUUUCGAUUAUAUGGCUUUCCACGAGCGUUAACGGUGUCGUCAAAUGUCAGUGCAACGUUAGCUAAUGGUGUAUUGCUUCAUAAACGUGAGGAUCCAGGGACUCUGGGCGGAAUAAAAUCCCUGAACAAGCUGUCAAGAUGGAACUGCAGAGAUCAACGACAUGAAACAGGCAAGUGGAUGCUUUUCUGUUGAGGUGGGCAACUUAUGAAAAAUAACUAUGAACUGGAAGGAUACAAAAUGGUGAAUGUUUUCCCAUGCACAACCCCAUUCACAUGACAGCAACAGGGAGAUAUGGGCUUCCUAAGAUUGGUAGGCAGAAUCAUGGGUAGGAUCAGUACUUUCAGGUCCUAUCAGUUUGUGCUUCUCCUGGCUGCUGCACUUGCCGUUGUUGCUUUUUACUACUUUGGCUCAGAGAGGCAGAACUUUUCCAGCACUACAAAGAGGAUCAAGCACACCCAGGCCAGCCACAACACCAACAGAAACGAUGCAGACUUAACUGUGGACACUGGGCUCUCACACCCAGCUGGGUCUGAAGAGCAAGGAGAGGAAGAGCAAGGUAUAGGCGGAGCGGGCGUGGGAUUCUGGCCCAGGAAAGGGGAUGGUGACCAACGCUACCACACACUCAUGAUGUUCACCAAGGUGGACAAGAGCCGGAACCUGCAGGACAAGUUCAGGGUGGCCAUGUUGUCUAUGGUUAAGCACGGACACUUCCUGGAAGGAGAGGUGUUGAUCCUGCAUUUUGUGAGUGACCAGGCCAGCAAAGAACUGGGAGAGAAGAUGCUGCAGGAAUUUCUCCUUGAUGCAACAUUCAAGUAUGAGGUGUUGUUCCAUGACGUGGUGGCUCUCACACAGAAACUGUUCCCUAUUGUGGAGGCCAUGCAGAAGCACUUCAGCGCCGGCUCCGGGGCUUACUACAGUGACGCCAUCUUCUUCCUGUCUGUUGCCAUGCAUCACAUCAUGCCUGAAAGUCUGACGCGCAUAGUGCAGCUUGACCUGGACCUGAAAUACAGGACCAACAUCCGGGACCUCUUCCAAGAAUUUGACCAGUUUCCUCCAGGAGCGGUAAUAGGCAUUACCAGAGAGAUGCAGCCAGUCUACAGGGCCAGCAUCUGUCAAGAGAAAAGUGUUUUGUCUUUUGGGCUUUGCCUCUCAACUGGAAGACAUCUUCACUUUGUGAUAAAAAGUCUGGACAAUUAAGUUUUAGACUGCGGG